CCAGGAGAGCUGUCACAGUCGGGAGCUACCGCCCAGUGCUCACAGGGAAGAGAGCCACCUCCACCAUGCCUGGCAGCUGCUGUUUCAGAAGAUGCCCCUCCGUGCCAGCCAUCUCUCUCUGCUCCACCGAGGUGAGCUGUGGAGGACCCAUCUGCUUGCCCAGCUCCUGCCAUACCCAGACGUGGCAGCUGGUGACGUGUGAAGAUGCCUGCGGCUCAUCUGGCUGCGGUUCCCAGUGCUGUCAGCCCUCCUGCUCCGAGAGCAGUGGCUGCGCCCAGCCCGUGUGCUGUGAGGCCACGCUGUGCGAGCCGUCCUGCUCCGUGAGCAGCGGCUGUGCCCAGCCCGUGUGCUAUGAGGCCACCCUCUGCCAGCCGUCAUGUCCUGAGAGCAGUUGUGCCCAGCCCGUGUGCUGUGAGGCCACCCUCUGCCAGCCGUCGUGUCCUGAGAGCAGUUGUGCCCAGCCCGUGUGCUGUGAGGCCACUCCCUGCCAGCCGGUCCUCUGUGAGCCCAGCUGCUGUGCGACUCUCUGCCAACCCGUGGUCUGUGAGCCCGCUUGCUGUCAGCCGGUGUGCCCGACGCCUAGCUGCUGCCCGUCUGUCUGUUCUCAGGCCAGCAGCUGCCAGCCCGUCUGCUGCAACCCCAGUCCUUGUGAGCCGCCUUGCUCGGAGCCCAGCGACUGUCAGCCAGCUCCCUGUGUGGCACUCGUCUGUGAGCCGGUUUGUCUCCGUCCUGUCUGCUGCGUUUCCAGCCCUUGUGAGCCUCCUUGUGCCUCCAGCACCUGCCAAGAGCCCCCGUGUUGCGUCUCUGGUCUCUGCCAACCCAUCUGCCCUGAGCCCAGCCCCUGCACCCCGUGUGUCUGUGUGCCCAAUCCUUGCCCACCCACCUGCUACGUAGUCAAACGCUGCCACUCUGUCUGCUGUGAGCCCGUUUCCUGCCCCUCGACCUCCUGCCAACCUCUGUACAGCCGUUCGACCUCCUGCCAACCUCUGUACAGCCGUCCUGGCUCCUCUGCCUCUGCCAUUUGCCAACCAAGCUGCACUCGGACCUUCUACAUACCCAGCUCCUGCAAGCAGCCUUGCAGACCCUCCUUUGCCUACCGCCCCAUCUGCCGCCCCAUCUGCCGCCCCAUCUGCUCUACACCCAUCACCUUCAGGCAGCCCUACCUGACGUCCAUCUCCUACCGCCCUGCCUGCUACCGGCCCUGCUACUCCAUCCUGCGCCGCCCCGCCUGCUUCACCUCCUACUCGUACCGCCCUGUCUGCUCCCGCCAGCCCUGCGCCGAGUCCACCACCUGUAAACGCGCUUCCAAGACGUCCACCUCCAGCCAGCCCGACUGCGCUGACUCAGCCCCCUGCAAGGCGGAGGUCUCAGAGGAGACCCCCUGCCAGCCUGUGGAGGCCAAGCCCAGCAGCCCAAUCACCCGAGAGGCUGCAGCCCCUCAGCCUGCCGCCAGCAAGCCUGCCGCCAGCAAGCCUGCCAACCGCUGAGCUGGCCUCCGCCCAGCGACUCUGGCAAAGCCAGUCCCCAGCUAGCUCACGGUGGCUUAGCUAGACUCUUUUUGUCACUGCACUGUCACUCGCCACCUGCUUAGGCCUCGAAGCACUCUUCGGAAAUGUCAGUGUCCUGAUGGUCCAGUGCAUUGGUUGUACUGGACUCUCAACCAAUGCUCCUGGGCAUUGGUUGAGAGGGGGAACUCCAUGGGUUCUUGACUUCUGCUACCAUUAAGCCAUGAGAUCUGUCUCAUUCCUGUCAUUGAAUGUUGCCUAGCCUCAUGCACCUGCUCUCUUAGGUAUGUACUUGUGUGCCUUGGGGACUUCUUCAAUGAGAUAUGUUUAACUGUCCAAUAAAAGUGGCCAAGUUGAAGUGA